AUGACUUUGGCUAAGCAUUGGAAAUACAACGAUAACGAGGAUAUUGUUUUAAGCAACCUCAAGGGUCUAGUAAGUUCAGACCCUGCACUAAAGCUUAUUCCUUCUGAGAAAGUUGUGUUCAAUAACUCAUCGGAUACGAAAAAGAAGAUAACAUUGGUAAGUGGCGGAGGCGCUGGACAUGAACCAAUGCAUGCUGGUUUUGUAGGAGACAACUUAUUAGAUGCUGCUGUAAGUGGUUCAAUUUUUGCCUCUCCUUCAACUAAACAGAUAAUGGCUGCUGUUAAGACUAAAUCUGACAAAGAGAAAGGAACCUUGAUCAUUGUUAAGAACUAUACUGGAGAUAUAUUACAUUUUGGGUUGGUCGUAGAAAGGGCCAAGACGGAAGGCUACAAUGUUGAAAUGUUACCAGUUGCUGACGAUGUAGCAGUUGGGAGAAAGCAAAAUGAAAUGGUUGGAAGAAGAGGAUUAGCAGGAACUGCGCUUAUUCAUAAGAUAUUAGGUAGUGCUGCUGCAUCAACAGGUGCUGACUUGAACACUAUUUUUGAAUUAGGAAAAUCAAUCAACAGUAGUUUUGUCACUGUGGGUGCAUCUUUGGACCGCACUUCUGUUCCUGGAAAGACACACGAAAUUGAGUUUACCGGCGAGAAUGAGGCUGAAAUAGGCUUGGGUAUUCAUAAUGAACCCGGUCAUAAAAUCCCAAUUCCAAACAUUGAUGACUUAGUUAAUCAGAUGUUCGAUAUGUUGGUUUCUCCAAAAGAUACUGAGCGUCAUUACGUUGAUUUCGAUUUGAAGAAUGAUGAAUAUGUUUUGUUGAUUAAUAACAUAGGUGGAACAUCUUCUUUGGAGCUUUAUACAAUUGCUUCUCACGUUGUUGAUAAUCUUCCAUUGUCUAAGAGGCCAAAGAGAGUUUUGAUUAGUGAUUUCGUAACAUCUCUUAAUUCUCCUGGCUUUUCUGUGACACUCUUAAAUUUAUCAGUUGCAGCUAAGGGUAAAUCGGGAUUCUCUAUUGACGAUAUCUUAUCGUUCUUAGAUACUCCCACCAACGCACCAGGCUGGAAACCGAAGUCUUAUUCUUCUGAACUUUGGGAUAAAAAGAGUGAAUACGUGGAAUCACCAAUGAAAGAUGCUAAGACAGUCACAUCUUCACUCAGGGUUGACGCUAAAAAGUUCGAGAGUGCUUUGAAAGGCGGUUUAGAAUAUCUUUUAAAGAAAGAACCUGAAAUAACUCAUUAUGACACGAUUGUCGGAGACGGUGACUGUGGUGAAACAUUGGCUGCAGGUGCAAAUGCUGUAUUAUCGGCCUUGAAAAAUGAUAAAUCAUUUAAAGAACACUUGAAUGAUCCUGUCUGUGCUGUAUCAAAGAUAACCGAGAUUGUUGAAGAUAACAUGGGAGGUACUUCUGGGGGUAUUUACUCUAUAUUUUUGACUUCUUUGGGUAAAAGUUUGCAAAAAAGCAAGGAAAUAAACGUUACCACUUUGGGUACGGCUUUUCAUGAAGCCUUGUAUGAUGGUUUGUUCAAAUAUACUAAAGCAAGAACUGGAGGUCGUACACUUGUGGACACUCUACAACCUUUUGUUGAUACAUUCCUGAAAUCCAAAGAUUAUAGGAAAGCAUUAGAAAGUGCCAAAAAGGGAUGUGAAGAAACUAAGAAAUUGCAGGCUAAGUUUGGAAGAGCAAGCUAUGUGAACGAAGAUGAAUUUAAAAAUGAGGAAGGAGGUAUUCCUGAUCCGGGAGCAUAUGGUUUGUUGGCGAUUUUCGAAGGUUUUAUUAAUUCUUUAAAUUAG